CCCCUCACUAGUUGUUUCCAAGAGCCGGUGUCUGACAGAGACAUUUCUCAUACGCUGUGUUUAUCUGUUUAUAUCCUAUAACUGUUUACAAAACAGUGCGAGGAACAGCUGUGUAUUGCAGUAGAUUGUAUUGUGAACACAAUACAUACUCUAGGUGGGACGACAUUUUCGGUUAUAUCUUCCUGGAUUCACAAGCGGCUUUUCUUUCAUCUGGAUGAGAGGACCCUUACCGCAUUUUUGUUCCAGCAACGUGGACUCUAAGCUCUACACGGGAGACGGGAGAGUCAUACAAACGGAAUAAUAUUGCUGAAACGAACAACAACGAAGAACACACACACUUCGUAAACCACUGGUGGAUAUAUCCUUAAAAGAAUGCUUCUGUCCAAGCUGAAUUCUCUUGCCCACAUCUCCACCGUAGACAUGCCGGCGAAAAUGCAGCACCAAGUUCAUCAAGGGAAGGAGAAGGAGCCCUUCGAGAAGCUGUAUCAGGUCGGCGCGGUGCUGGGUAGCGGGGGCUUCGGCACCGUCUACACUGGUACGAGGGUGGCUGACGGAGCUCCGGUUGCUGUCAAACACGUAGCCAAGGACAGAGUCUCAGAGUGGGGAGAGCUGCCUAAUGGCUCGCGGGUCCCAAUGGAGAUCGUGCUGUUGAAGAAAGUGAGCUCGGGCUUCCGCGGCGUUAUCAAAAUGCUGGACUGGUACGAGCGACCGGACAGCUUCAUCAUCGUAAUGGAGAGGCCCGAAAACGUCAAAGACUUGUUCGACUUCAUCACAGAGAAAGGUGCCUUACCGGAGGAUCUGGCGCGGAGCUUUUUCCGCCAGCUGCUGGAGGCCGUGCGCCACUGCCACAACAGCGGCGUGGUGCACCGCGACAUCAAGGAUGAAAACAUCCUCAUCGACCUCCGCACCGGGGAGAUCAAGCUCAUCGACUUUGGGUCCGGAGCCCUGCUGAAAGACACCAUUUACACAGACUUUGAUGGCACCAGAGUGUACAGCCCACCAGAGUGGAUCAAAUAUCACCGCUAUCACGGGCGCUCUGCCACAGUUUGGUCUCUGGGUGUCCUGCUGUACGACAUGGUGUGUGGGGACAUUCCAUUUGAACACGAUGAGGAGAUCACAAGAGGGCAGGUCCUCUUCCGGAGAAGAAUCUCAACAGAAUGCCAGCAGCUGAUCAAGUGGUGUCUUUCUCUGCGGCCGGCCGAUCGCCCCUCCUUCGAGGACAUCAUCAAUCACUCGUGGAUGCAGAGCACAUCCUCUUCAGUCGUCCCGUCCACAAUGAUCCGGCUGCACAGCAUCGCCCACGAGCCCACCGCCUUCACGCCAACUCCCGUAGCCGCGGCUCGGUGAUGGAGGCAAACAGGACUGAACUGAGACUUUUACUAAAGUAACAGACUUGAAGCAGAGAGGAGGGGCGCCGCAUGGGCUGGCCGUCCUGACACAGGCACGAGUAAGGUGUCAAAGGACUAAAAGAAAACUAAGGUCAUGACUACACAAUCAUGGCUUGUUUUCAACCUGGAGCGCUCUCCGCCCCUCAUCACCCCAAACUACUUGAUUUCCCCCCCGCUGUUGGGUGUUUAUCAGACUGUAGUAGGGCAUGCUCUGCGCUGACAGCACAUGCGCUCGCUGAAUGGCUGCGUUAUGUAAUCUCUCGCUGCACUGCUGCAUCUCUCUGGGAUGAGCAGAGGUGCAAGAGGAAUACAAAAGAAGUGCCUUCUGUGAGAUUGUUGGGGAGACCCUGAAAAUACUUGAAAGCAAAAAAAGGCUCCUUGUCUGAGACCCUUUUUUUUUAGCUCCUUACAAGGCUUUAUAUUGUUUCCCUCUCAUGGGCCUAGAUCAGCAAAGCCUAUGUCAUUUAUAACCACUGCUAUCACUCCCAUGUGAUUAGCAACCUCAUAGCAACGUGUGCAAACAAAGAAACACUGGACUUACCUCCUUCUUUUGACUUCACAUCCACCACAAUGCAACCAUACCAAAAUACAACAUCCUCUGCUCUUCACUUCAAAUGUUAACGUUCAAACAGUGCCUCACACAGGUCUUAAAUAUUCAGUGGGGACAAGCAUUGUAAAUAAUAAUAAUAAUGAUAUUUAUUAUUGCCGUGACUUACACAUUUAAUGAACACAGAAUUUAUUUAUUUAUCUAUGAGAGAAUUGUUUUGGCUGUUUGUGUGUAUUUCAUUCCAGUCACUGAAGGGUCCACGGAUUAUUUAAAGAGACAAACAAAGAUUUUUUAUUUCUGACCAUAUUUAUGGCGUGGAAUUAUUUUUUAAAGAGCAGAUGUUUGUGUGUCAUGUAUCUAACAUGUAAAUAGUCCCAAAAAAGCACUUCCAUCUUAAUUUAUCUGAACAUUGGACGUCUACUGAUGGUAACAGUUUUUGUUACGCUGUUGUCUGCUGAGGGAGCGAGUGGAUUCUGAAUGUGUGUGUGAAUGAGAAAACCUUUCUGUUUUCAUGACUGCAGGUUGGAUUGUUUUUUUCAUCAAUUCGAACUAGAAUUCUAAAUGAUCUUGGAAACAAUUUUUAUACGAUUUCAAUAAAUAUUUUUUUAACAAUGA